CCAUUGCCUGCAGUUGCCUUCACCAGCAAAUCACUGCCUAUUAGGAUUACCAAGAAACCCUCAGGUUCCUUGUUGAAUGCUAGCGCCAUGGCUAAAGAACUGUAUUUCAACCAUGAUGGUUCAGCCACCAAAAAACUCCUGGCAGGGGUUAAUAAGGUAGCACAGCUGAUUGGUGUUACUUUGGGUCCAAAGGGAAGGAAUGUGGUAUUGCAAAACAAGUACGGACCUCCCAAGAUUGUCAAUGAUGGUGAAACUGUUCUUAAAGAGAUUGAGCUGGAGGAUCCUCUUGAAAAUGUGGGAGUAAAAUUGGUGAGGCAAGCUGGGGCAAAAACAAAUGAUCUUGCUGGCGAUGGUUGCACUACCUCCAUAGUGCUAGCUCAGGGUCUUAUUGCUGAAGGCAUAAAGGUUACUGCAGCAGGAAUGAACCCAAUUCAGAUCUCGCAUGGGAUUGAGAAAACCGCUAAAGCCCUCAUUUCUGAACUAAAAUUAAUGUCCAAAGAGGUUGAGGAUCAUGAACUUGCAGAUGUUGCUGCUGUUAGCGCAGGAAAUGACUAUGCUGUGGGGGAUAUGAUUUCCGAUGCUCUCCGACAAGUAGGAAGAAUGGGUGUUGUCACAAUUGAGAAAGGGAAUUAUGCUGAAAACAGUUUACGAAUUGUUGAAGGAAUGCAGUUUGAUCGUGGAUAUUUGUCUCCUUAUUUUGUCACUGACCGUCAAAAGAUGACAGUAGAGUUUUAUGAUUGCAAAUUGCUAUUGGUUGACAAAAAAAUCUCAAAUCCAAGGGAGUUGUUUAAGAUAUUGGAGAAUGCUGCCAAAGAUAAGUACCCCAUUUUGAUAGUUGCAGAGGGCAUCGAGCAGGAAGCUCUGGCUCCGAUAAUUAGGAACAAAUUGAGGGGCGUAUUGAAGGUAGCUGCGAUUAAAGCUCCUGCAUUUGGUGAGCGCAAAAGCCACUAUUUGGAUGACAUUGCCAUCUUGACAGGAGGAACUGUUAUCCGGGAUGACAUGGGAUUGACACUUGAAAAGGUUCACAAAGAUAUGUUGGGGUCAGCUUCUAAAGUUGUAGUAACUAAGGAUUCUACAUUAAUGGUUACAGAUGGGCGUACACAAGAAGCUGUUAAAGUAAGAGUUUCUCAGAUCCAAAGGCUUGUAGAGAACACUGACGAAAAAUUUCAAAAGAAAAUACUGAAUGAACGUAUAGCCAGAUUAUCAGGUGGGAUAGCAAUUCUUCAGGUGGGAGCACAAACACAGAUCGAGUUGAAGGAUAAACUACUAAGAGUUGAAGACGCUCUAAAUGCAACCAAGGCAGCAAUUGAGGAAGGAAUAGUAGUUGGCGGUGGUUGUUGCCUCCUCAGGCUUUCUACAAAGGUUGAUAGUAUCAGAGAACAUUUGGACAAUGACGAGCAAAAAAUAGGAGCAGACAUUUUAAAAAGAGCCUUGGCCUAUCCUGCAAGACAGAUAGCCAAAAAUGCUGGUGUAAAUGGAAACACUGUCAUACAGGAGGUUCUGUCAUCAGACGACAUAAGGUAUGGAUACAAUGCUGCAAAAAAUAGAUAUGAGGAUUUGAUGGCUGCUAGAAUACUGGAUCCUUCGAAGGUUGUUAGAUGUUGCUUGGAGCAUGCGACAUCUGUUGCCAAGACCUUUUUGACAUCUGAUGCAGUAGUUGUUGAAAUUAAGGAACCUGCACCUAAACGUAUAAGAAAACCAAUGCCAACCUCAGGUAUUGGACCAAUUGGCAUUUAAUUUACAAAUACGUAUAAAGCUACAAUAAUCUGGCUUCCUGGUGUACAUCUUCAACCAUUUCUAUCUACAGACACAUGCAAAAAAUAUGAUCAGAUAAGACUCAGCAAUGUUACUGAUGCCAGUAAAAUUACAAUAUUCCUGACGGAGCUUUCACCAAAUGUUCAAGUUCAUUGGUCCAAGGUAGGUAAAACAAAACAGAAUGUUCUGUCCAUCGAGUGGACAUACAGAAAGGUACCUGGCAGUAGUUGGAAGCAAACAUACACAGCGACUGAAUAUUAUAAAUUCUCUGUACAGCAAAUUGCAUUAGCACUGCUAUUGGAUGAAAAGUAGCCUGUGGUAAGUUUUUUAUGUAAUCUUCGUCGAAAAUUAAAGGCUGGGAUUGGUGAAAAGUUUCAAUCGAGUCACCUGCAUUCUUGAUACAGAUGUUGAAAGGAUAUCUUAAAUGUGUUGAGCUGUUCAAGGCUGAAUUAAGGACUAUGUAAUAGUGAACAAAUAAUUUUCCCAUUAGAAUUCACAUACUCGUUAGACUGCAAAGAAAAUGAAGUUUGUAAAAAGGGAAUUCUCUGACAUGUACGAGUUCUGUUAGGUUGGACUGGGACCCUAUUAGAGUAGAUGAUUAAACAUGGUGGGUCCCGACCAACAUGUCUAUUUCAUGUUGAUCCCUCAACUUUAAUUUGUUUCAACUAGAUCACAUAACUUAUAUUUUA